GAAGAGAUCAGCUAAGACGGUAGGAUGAAGCCGAUUGACGAUUCGAGCAAAACGGUGACUUUCCGGGCGGUCAGCAGAGACGAGGAGGGGUGCAAGCGCGUGGAAAAAAUCGAGGUUGACACCCACAACCUCGACACGCUCAAACACAUAGAGAAGAAACUUCUGGACAAUGGGGUUCACCGGAAAGACCGCCGCCCGCUGAGCGGGAUUCCGCUGAUGAAGCAGGCGAAAUCCGGUCACGGCGGCAAGUACACGUGGGAAGGCCCGGGGGAGCCGGGCCUGGAUGACGUGCCGGCGGCAAUCGACGAGAAUGAUCCAAACUUUGUGGAUGAGGAGGAGGAGGAGGAGGAAGAGGAGGCGGCAGAUAAGGGCGUGUGGAGGGGAGAGGUUGGUGGGGCAGAGGGUGCGGUGGUCGUCGGGGAAGUUGAUGUGGCGAAGGUGGCGGCCCAAGGGGUUGCUCGAGUGGAUGUUCAUCCUCAACUCCACCCUAAUUAAUACGAAGUAAUAAUAGUUACUUAAAAUUAAUUAUAGGGAAAACUGUGAAAUAGGUUCUCGACCUUUCAUAAAAAAGCCAAUUAAGUCCUUCUAUAGGAGAUUAUGUCCGAUCGUCUUUGGGGCGGUUCUCGGUGAAAUUUUUUGAUGAAAUUUUUUGAGCAUCUUAUCCAUCAAGUCUAGUUUACUCAUACAAAAUUUCAGCUAAAAAAAUAAUUGGGAGCGCAUUCAAAUUAACUCGAGAGCGCAAAAAUGCGCAGUUAUCUUCAAGAAUUAAUUUGAAUGAAUUCCUGAUUGAAUUUUUAGCUGAAAUUUGAUAUGAGUAAACUAGACUUGAUGAAUAAGAUGCUCAAAAAAAUUUAUAAAAAAUUCCACCGGGAACUACCCCAAAUCGCGACGGUCAGACAGAACCUCCUAUAGAAGGACUCUUAAUUGACCUUUUUAUGAAAGUUCGAUGACCUAUUUGAUAGUUUUUCCUUAAUUAUAUGGUUAGUAUAAAUAUUAUUACUAGUAGUAUCUUCAGUGUCUUUGUUCCAGUGGAUGUUCUCUUUUCGCUUUGUUCCCUUGCUAGUAUUUUUAUCAGUACCGCACACAU